AUGCCACUGAUUUUCUUCGCCGUAACUGCACUUGUAAGCCUGCAUUUCUGCAGUGGAAGUGAGUCCUGGCCAGAGCUCAAUCCGCAGCUUGAACAGUACCAGGACUUGUCAAAGUGUUUUCCACUUCCGGAGACUUGGCACGUGGUCUAUAGAAACUACGAGUCUGACCCGGUUUUCGGCGGCACUGCGAAAUGCGUCAAAUUCACCGAAACCGGACCACCAGCAAAUGGUGCCUACCCAGUUCUCAUAGAGUACGAAGGCCAAUCCAUGAGUACGACCGCGACCCUUGAAUCGUCCUCUGGGUACACUGGCAAAAACAUAUUGAAGUUCACUCCUCUUACACGGGGUAAGCAUGCUAGAAAUACGUACGCCGCAUACGCGGAGUGCAACGAAUGCGCCGUUCUCAGAACUACAUACAUCAGCGAUUCCACGUGCGCUCUCCUGGUGCCUGAGUCUCAGCUGAAGCAGAACACCACCUGUUGUGAUUUUAUUUUCGAUCUUCUUUGCGGCACGACGCCAAAGUACUACAUCUAUGAUGAGAGCUGUUAG